GCCGGUUACCUCCAGUAUUAGCCUUAUACUGUAUAGUCGCAUGUAUAACGGUAUAUUGUAAUACUGUUGCAGUUUUGAGUGAAGGUGCUCCUCGUUUCUUCAUCGAGAUGUCGGAGAAGUUUGAAAUUCCCCGACCUGAAAAUUUUUUUUUAAACAUGCAAACCUAUACAAAUAGUCGGUGUUGUCAUACUGUCAUACACAACAGCACACGGUACAGUGUGUAUAUAAAAUACCUAAAGCACGCCUCGCGAAGUUACAUAUCGUCAUUGCAGAUGGGCACCGCGGUACCAGAGAGCAAACCGGCCAUUGUCACAGUCUCAGCGUUGGUUAGAGUGCCAUUCGAGUCCGAAGUGGUCUAUUUACUGCUCUACUUCUCUCUACUGAGUAAGAUAUCACUUCUCGCUUCAUUCAGCACGGAUAUUACAGAGAUCCAAGGGCGCCGACUAAAAAACCCCCAUUGUCUAGAGUAUUGACCCAUCAGAGGUCAAUUUGUAGUAGUGCGACUGAGUAUCAUCGUAUACAGUAAAAUAAAAUGACCUCCCCGAC